CGCAGAUGGGCGCCGCGAGUGAUGGGGAAUGAUGCCCUUUGAUGGGGGUCCACUGGCGUAAUGCAUCCCCAUUUCCUGCAAAAUAUCUGAAGCCGUGGCGCAUUGGGAAAUUCUUUGGCUCUGAGAUCUGAGUUCUUAAACCACGCUCCAGAAAUGAGAAGUCUGAGCUCCAACUCGAUGAGCCGCAGCGCAUGAGCUGAUUGAGCCGGCACUGGGAAAUCACGAUACGUCAAGCUGGUAGAUCCCGAUCAAAUGCCAAAAUCUCACGGUGGCUGUUUGCCGUUGUCGACAAACUGCAGCCCAAGUUCGGAGUCCCCCGGUAUCUUAAAAGCAGCCUGGGCGGUGUUCCGGAUGACCGAGAAUCUGAUUGAUCGAUUCCUACACCCAUCCAGUCCGAGACACUUCAAGGGCAAAAAGCUUAUGGAAGCGUCGAUACGAGACGGAGAAAUGGAGCCAGCAGCGUCCCAGAGUAUAUAAACUGGACCCAACCGUAAAUAAGAUGGUCCUCAAGCUCUACGGUUACACGCACUCGAUCUGCACCCGCCGUGCUGCCCUCAUCGCCAAAGAGCUCAGCGUUGCAUACGAGCUCGUCCCUGUCGAUAUCACGAUCGGCGCGCAGAAGGCUCCCGAGCAUCUCGCUCGCCACCCGUUUGGCCUCGUGCCCACCAUUGAUUCGGGCUAUCUCCGUUACCUCGUCGCCAAGUACGGGAACGGCAGCACCCUGGUCCCGGACACCAAGGACAUCCAGGCGACGGCCAAGUUCGAGCAAGCGAUGAGCAUCGAGAACAACCACUUCGACCCUCUCGCCCAGUCUAUCAUGGUCGAGAAGGUGUUCAAAGCGAUACGUGGCUUGGCACCGGACGAGGCAACACUCAGCGCGUCUAUCGACAGCUUGAAUGCCAAGCUGGACGUCUAUGAGAAGAUUCUGUCCUCGCAGAAAUAUCUUGCUGGCAGCACGGUGACCAUCGCCGACCUCAUCCACCUACCUUGGCUCUAUGGUCUCGGCCAUGCCAAAUUCGAUGCGUUCACUGGUCGCCCCAGUGUGACUCGUUGGUACGAGGAUAUCAGCGCUCGUGAAAGCUGGAAAUCGGUCAAAGAUGGAGCUUAAGCACCUUUAUCUGGAGAUUUUCCGCAUAACUCCACACAAUCAAUACAGAACGAAUUUGAACAGAACAGCCAAAACUGAAUCUUAUCGAUUAGAUCAUGAAGCGUAAUGCAUCAACGAUUAGAUUGAUGACACGGACUGGAUCCAGCUUGAGAUAUGCCACUAGACGAGCAGUCACCAACUCGAUCCUUUCAACAAACUUCAGAUUGCGGUUGUGUCACUUUGUCAAGGUUCUGCAUGUCUGAACGGACGGUCGAUGUUGAAAUUUCUCAUAAUCGACUUGGGCGAGUAUUUGCGAGAGACCACUAAACUGAUUUCUCCUUCUCAACGCAAUUCUUCUGGCCCUCGUACAAAAUACGAAGGCUCAACGACAUCGCCGUCCAGGUACACCUCGCCAACCUUCGCCUUCACGCCUCGCACCGUUCGCUGAAGAGCACCGCUAUGGGUUGAUCAACGACUCUUACAUCGUUAUGCUCAAUCCCGCGCCUGAAUCUUCGUCGUCGUUCUCAUCUCACUCCCCGUCCUCGCCGAUACACGUCUCAGAAAUGAUGCAGAACCACUUCAACUACCUGCAAGCGGCACAUCAAAGCAACAACGUCUACGAGGGAGUGUACUCGAUCGGGCAGGUGUAUGCGGCGUGGAAUGGUUAUGCGGCAACGUUCUCGGCGAGCAUGGUGGAGGAACUGAGGACGCUGCCCGAGGUACGAUACAUUGAGCGGGAUCAGGUCAUGAAGACACAGGGAGCACCCGCUGUGCAGACCAACGCGCCUUGGGGACUGGCGCGGCUAAGCCAGCGCGAGACACUGCCUAGCUCUGGCGACUCUCUUAUUUUCAGCUCCUCGCCCAAUUCCGAUUCAAGCUAUACCUACAAGUACGAUCCUACCGGUGGUCAGGGUGUCGACGUGUAUGUUAUAGACACCGGCAUAGAUACUCAUCACCCCGAGUUCGAAGGACGUGCUGUUUGGGGUAAGACGAUUGCAACGAACGGCGGCGACACGGAUACCAACGGACACGGCACCCAUUGCGCUGGGACGAUCGGGUCUCGGACAUACGGCGUCGCGAAGCAGGCGCGGUUGCUUGCUGUGAAGGUUCUGGGCUCAGAUGGAAGCGGUUCUAUGUCGGAUGUACUCGCGGGAGUAGACUGGGCCGUCCAGGAUGCUCAAGCGAAGAGGCAAGCAGCGAAGCAGAACUCGGGUCUCAAUUCCACCAACGCAUAUCGCGGCGCCGUUGUGAGCAUGAGUCUUGGUGGAGGCAAGUCUGUGGUGUUGGACAUGGCGGUCAACGGGGCUGUCGAGUCGGGAAUACACUUUGCCGUUGCCGCAG